AAUUCUUGUAACAGCUCAUCUUCAUAGUGUAAUAAAACUAAUUUUUAUUUUCACUUCAGAGAAAAAUACAAAUUCUUAUUUUUUUUGUUCUAUGCCGUCACGAACACUCCCGUCGCCGGCACCGGUAAAUUCACCGUUCUCUUCCUCCGUCGCUUCUCACCAUGAUAGAACCACCACACGCAUCGUCCCUCCGCUUGCAGCUGUAGGUUUCUCUCUCUUCAUAACUCUCUCCAUCUGUUUCUGCAAAUUCAACCGUAAACGCCGAUCUCCCGCCGCCGUAACCUCAUCCUCGUCACCACCGCAGAAACCUCCGUUACAUGAAUUUUCCUACUCAUCUCUCCGUAAAGCCACCUCCUCUUUCUCACCGGAGAAUCGACUUGGUCAAGGCGGAUUCGGCUCUGUCUUCCGUGGAACUUUAUCUCCUUCCUCCGGUGGAAAUGUCGCCGUUAAGGUAAUGGAUUCAGGUUCUCUUCAAGGAGAAAGAGAGUUUCAAAACGAGCUUUUCUUCGCCGGUAAGCUUGAUUCUCCUCAUGUAGUUUCCGUUAUUGGCUUCUCUCGACGACGAAGCCGUUUGAUUCUUGUCUACGAGCUUAUGGAUAAUGGAAAUCUUCAAGAUGCUCUUCUUCUUCGUAAAUCUCCUGAGCUUAUGAUAUGGAAUAGAAGAUUUCUUGUUGCCAUUGAUAUAGCUAAAGGGAUUGAAUAUUUACAUAGCUUGAAUCUUCCUGUGAUUCAUGGAGAUUUGAAACCUAGUAAUAUACUGUUGGAUCGAUUCUUCUCUGCUAAGAUCUCUGAUUUUGGUUUAGCUAGGUUGAAAUCUGAACAUGUUGAAGUUAAAGUAGCAUCGGAGAGUGAUGAAGUCAAUGUAGUGGAAGAUUAUGGAUCUGUAGUUGAAGAAGUGGAGAGUGUGGUUACUAAUACUACUGGUUAUGAUGAAUCUAACUUUGGAUUCACUGAUCAGUCUCCGGUGCCUCUGUCAUCGCCGGAGAUGGUGGCACAGGCGCCUAUGGCAUCGCCGGAAACAGUUGUAUCUGUUUCGCCGGAAAUGGGGGAGAAAGUUAGUGUUGAGAAGAAGAAGAGUAGUAAGAAAUUAGAAUGUUGCUUUUCGUUGGAUGAAGAGAAGGAGAAGGGGAAGAAGAAGAAGAAUCGGAGAAUGGUGAGAGAUUGGUGGAAAGAUGAGUAUCGGAAAGAGCUUGCUAAGCGAAUGAAGAAGAAGAAGAAGAAGAAAACGUUGGAGUCUGAGUUUUAUAGUGAUGAUGUGAGUGGAAGUGUGGAUCAAAGGCGGCGCGGGGAUGAAGAAUUGUAUAGGAAGAAAAGGAGAGGUGGUAGUAGUAAUAGUAUAGGAAGUAGCAUAGAUUGGUGGUUAGAUGGACUAAGCGGUGAACAAUGGAGAGCACGUCGCAGAAACAGUCAAGAUUCAGUUAAGAGUUGCGGAGUCAGUAGCACGCCGAGUAUGAGAGGGACAAUGUGCUACGUUGCUCCUGAGUGUUGUGGUAAUAACAUAGAUGAUGUGUCUGAAAAAUCUGAUGUGUAUAGCUACGGAGUUUUGUUGUUAGUCCUGGUUUCAGGAAGGCGGCCGCUGGAAGUAACUGGACCCGCGUCUGAGAUCAUGUUGCGUGCUAAUCUCAUGUCGUGGGCAAGGAAACUUGCGAGAAGAGGGAGACUCGGUGAUCUGAUAGAUGAAAAGCUGCAGUUGUUAGACAAAGAACAAGCGGUUUUGUGCAUUAAGGUGGCUUUGCAGUGUUUGCAAAAAUCCCCGGUUUCACGACCAUCAAUGAAAGAUGUUCUAGAAAUGCUUACAGGAGCGAUGAGCCCACCGGAUUUGCCUACAGAAUUCUCACCAUCACCGCAGACUCGCUUCUCGUUCAAGACACGAAGGAAGCAUAAUCGGUAGAGAGGUUUCUUUGGUGAUGGAUGUGUGUGAUGAUUUAGAGCAUUUGUUCUACAACACCUUCUUUGUUAGUUAGUGAUGUGUAGUGUUCGAGCCACUUGAUUUGUUUGCACAACUCUGUUUUCGCUUCGAAUAUCUUAUUAUAAUUAAUUAAUGUAGUUUAGUGAUCAUUUUCUUGUAAAA